AUGGAUGCUGAGGCAGUUCGGGAGAAAGCCUUGAAAGAUUCGAAUACAAGCCUUCCUGAUUCAGUGCAGGUUCGAAUGAUGAGGGAAGCCCAGUCUAGGAUAGACGCAGCUGAAGCAUCGCUCAAAGCCGUCAAAAGGCGAUGCAAACUUAUCUCGGAGUUUAUGGGGGCAACUUCGAAGUACUAUAAAAUCAAGGAAAAUAUAAGGAUUCAGGGUGUUCGUCUCCAGUGGAUUCGGGAGCAGAUGCCUCCAUUGGAAGCCGAGUUGAAAGAGGCCCAGGUGUCUGAAGGUAGCUCAAGUGCGAGAACGAACAAGCGAACACUAGGGGAUGAUGGUGGUGAUGGUGGUGAUGACAAGGCGCAGGAGCGGAGCGCCAAAAAGAAGAAACGGCAUCACCAAGCCGGCUCACCAUCAAGAGACUCGAGCUCUUUGACGCAAGCAUAA